AUGCCAGUCUCGCUGUCAAACGACUCCCCAGUACCUGCUGUGAUCUGGUGCGACCUGAGCGCUUUCCCUGGCUUCGAGCUAAAGCUGCGCGCGCAGCAGGAGGCCGAGGCCAUGCGCGCAGAGAUGGAUGCUGCAGAGGUCUCGACGACUGUGACGGGCGUCACCGGCAUGCAGGACGAUGAUGAGGACGCGCCACUGCAGCUCAUCGCCAAACGGCCCGACUCUGCCGCGGGGGGAGAGAACGGCGGAGGCGAGGCGGACGGCGCCUCUUCCGUCGGUGGGGUAGACCAGCGGCUUUAUCGAAUAACCGUGCCCCCUGCGUUGGGCGCGGCAGAGGCCGCCGCUGCCACGCCACGGACGGUGCUGGCCGGCGCUGUGGCAGGGGGCGGGUCGCCUACGCCCGGGGAGCUCAAGCUCUCGCUGAGCUUCGAGCCAAAGGCAGUGGGCCGUGUCGAGUUCGGGUUGCCGUUGGAGCUGAGUGGCGUUGCAACCACGCCGAACCUCCGGCGUCUAGUCUUUGGCGAGGGGCUGCGCGCGAGGCUGGCCGUGUCCGAGUCGACGGUGCAGCUGGGGGAGGUCAUCGUGCGCGAUGUCUCGCUGCCAUACACACACGAGUUCACUCUCAUAUCGCAAGACGAUGAGCCGCUCAAGUGGGCGAUCGACUCGUCGGCGCUCGACGGCACUGGCUUCUCGGUACCCGAGGGCCGCGGCACGCUUGCGCCGCGCGAAACGGCGCAGGUUCUGCUGCACUUCGCGCCCCAGCGGCCCAUGCCGGUCGAUGUGCUGCUGCCAGUCAUCGUCGACACUCACGAGUUUGAGCCGGGUGCAAACAGCUACCUCUGUGUUCGGCUCCGCGCCACGGCCGCACAGCCACGGCUCGAGUUUGACCGGUCAGAAGUGAUUCUACCGCCCGUCCCACUGGGCCACGUGUCACGCGCCUGCUUCUUUGCGCUCAACGUCGGCUACGAUAGCCUCGAGACGCGCGUGCGAGUGGCUGGGGAUCGGUUGCGGAUGCCGCUCGAGGUGUCCUUCCCCGAGGGCCGCCUCGUCGGGAUCGCCAAGAAGCGGCUGCUCGUGAUGGUCUCCUUCCGCGCACAAAAGCCGGCGUCCUUCACGACGCGGCUCGAGUUCCUCGACGAGGACGGCUACUGCUUCGCGAUACCUGUCAGCGCCACAACAGAUGCCUCCAUUCUCACCACGCAGCCGUACGUAGCGGGCGCCGAAGUCGGACGGCUGCGCUGGGAGGCGGCCGAGCUUGCGGAGCCCCGGGCCGGAGUUGCCAUCCGAGACCUGCACGAGGAGGAGCGCGAGGCGGCGAGCCCGCCUCGACGAGGAAGCACCUCGCCUCGACGCCGCAGCAGCACCGAGGCCACUCCUGUGGUCGAUGCCGACGCAACAGGCGCCCCAGCUGAGGCUGCACUUGAAGCAGAGCCUUCGGGGGCACGGAAGACUACUGGAGAGGCGACGGAAGCGACGCCAUCCAGCAAGGCGGCGGAAGAGCGCUUGCUGAAGCUUGCACAGUCGGUGCUGCAUGGCCAAGAGAGCACAAGUACGCCUCGUGGCUCUCGUUCCGAGGAGGAGACGACGGUGGCGAUGGCGGCGUCCGUGCGAGCGGGCGGGCUGCUGACUGCGCUCAUCUCCUCUUUGGUUGUUGCUCUCCCUUCGGCGUGA